UCUUGACUAUUGUCAAUGAAGAUAAAAAUAUGAUAUAUUUAUUGGACUCUAUGUCUAAUAGAAACCGAGACGAUGCAUGGAAAACUAUGGUGACAAAUGGGGUCAAGAUGUACAAUGCCUCAAAGGGUAUUGCUAAAGCACCAGGUUUUAAGCAAUUGACGGGUAAUCUAAAACAAAGUGGUUCUGUUGAAUGUGGAUAUUGUGUGAUGAGGUACAUGAAAGAGAUAGUUGAAUGUGAAAAUCCACAGUUGGAGAAGAUGUUUGCAGGAACAAUCAAGAAUCAAUAUUACAACCAAUCUCAAUAUGAUGAAGUCAGAAGUGAAUGGAGCUAA